UUCGCUUUCUUCCCCGGCUACAGCGUCGCGCACUUCGAAAAUGAGACUUUCGCCUGAAAUUGAUGCUGAAAUCAAGCGUCUAAAAUCCGAAAUUGAAAACGAAGAGAAAAUGAAACACAUGCUCGAACAGAGCAUCAACGAUCUCUGCAAGACUGUAGAGGCUCUGGAAGUUCAGUCGCAGAGCGCUGACGUCAGCGACGAGGAUGAAUGGAAGGUGCGGUAUUACACUCAAGUUGAAGUGAACGAGCAACUGGAGCACCAGCGCGACUGGCUGAGGAGCAGGGCAGAAGCAGCUCGUGUGAACAACAAGGAAGGCCUGACUGAGUAUCUUGCAGAUCUUGACCUGGACAGCCUGACAGAGAAUCAGCUGGUACGCUACCUGAAGCAGCUAGAGAAAGACAGAAAUGCUGUGUACAAUGAGAUACGUGACACAGAGUGGAAGCUGGAUCAAGAGUCAAAGGCAUUUCACAAGUUCAACGACACCAGAAAGGCCUACAUGACCGAAAUUACCGACGCUAUGCUCAACUUAGAGUCACUCCGAAACCGCAUAAAGAUAGUCGACAUGACUGAUCCUAAUCCACUCCUGGGUAAAUGUCCAAGGCACCUCAAAUAUCUACGUGUUUCUCGCAGCAACAUCCAACCUGACCAGCGGAUCAUCGACCCUCGGAAAGGCCCCAUCCGCAAAACUGCAGCUGUCCGCAGCCUGCCCAAGCUGGCCUCCCCAGAUUCGUCUCCCCAUGAUGACAAUGUGGAGCAGGCGGCAUCUAGCAGCCCACAGGAUUAGUGCCUUCUGCUACAGAUGUUCAUCUUCCAAUCUCGUUAUUGUCUUACUGAAUUAUAACAAAGUUGCAUACGACACAAAAAAUACCUUCAUUAUAUCUGAUAGUCGAAUAAGCUUAUCACAGAAAAACAUUUUUUUGAUUGGGUCCUAGUGAAAGAAACAAGUGUGAUUGUGAUGCCUCCGACGGACCAAUAUGCAUGGCCUGUUGGUGGCUUGUCAUGCCUAUACAUGACGCGUGAGCAGCCAUAAAUUACAGAUGCGCGCCCUUUAGAUGUGUGCUAAUACACAACCGUGCCACCUGUGUGAUUACACAAGAUCAGCACGUGUUGGCUUACGAGUGCAGGUGAGCCAAGCCGAGCAGGUGGCCAAGACGCAAACACACAUCCAGAAUGUGGGAUUGCCCUUGCAGAGUAUUUGACAUUUUUGCUGGCAGAAUACAUAUUUUUGGCAGAGAGCGAGCAAAUAUACUCACUUUGCUAUAACUGGUAUUGUAUCUUGCAUUUUCAAUUUUAUUAUAAUGGUAUAAUACUAGUUGAAUUAAAGCAUGGCCAAUGCGAUUUUUGAUUUGCUUUGUUAUAUCUGAUAAUUUGUUAUAUUCGUGUUCUCUAUAUUGAGGUUAAUUCUAUUUAAAGAAAGAGAAAGAAAGGCUGUGACACCAGGCAUCAUGUGCGUAAAUAUGCAGGGUUUCGCAUCUGCAAAGAAACUGAAUUUUCUAAAGAAGCUGAAGUUGCACUUCAGUAGCACGAAAUAGAAAAGCAGAUAGGCAUUUGUUUCCUGAAAGGAGCACCUUGCCGAUCCACUUAAAGAGAAUGGCAAAGAAGGGUUGGGCACCCGAAGAGGGCAAACUAAAUUGAGUAGUCACCCACCCAGUUAAAAAUGGUGCGGGUGGGCUCACCCACAAGAAAGAAGGAAAAACUUGGAGGACGCUUAAUAAUAGCAUUCAAAGUUCCCCGACUGCUUCUAAUGCUUACCGGCAACUGCAGCUUGGGUAACCGUAAUGUUUACCGGGAAACGCUGGCAGCGAACGCUAUGCUUGAAGGUGAGUUUUCUGGUAGAAAUGCGGCCUCUUGCGCGGGCUGUUCUUCUUUUAUUGUUUCGCACUUUUAAUAUUUCAGUCUGAGAAGGUUUAACAUAAAAGGCAUGCACUGUCGGUGUUUUGUUUCAUGACAUUUGUUUGUGGGCUGUCAUUGUCAAAAUUUCGAGGAAGAACUUUGUAAAGAAUGUAAGACAAGGUACGAGCAACAUUAGUGAUAGAAGAACUUUAGUGCCAUAUAGAAUAUUUUUCGGUCACGGGACGCCUACGCCAGCUGCGAUACCAACACCGACUCUCUGAGACAAGGGGCCCUUAACACUUUCGCUUUAAAAGAGAAAAGGAGCAAGGCACAGCACGUCACACACGGACAGAAGAGCACAAUACAGAUGAGAGCCAAGUCCCACAGCUGAAAAGAACUGUAGAAUGGCUUCAUGGGCCUCGCAUUGACUUGAAGCUCGUCUCUUGAGAAUCAGAAGUCAGUGAGAGAAGAACGGGAAAGACAAGUAGUCAUAUGCAAGCUGAAAGCAUCUAUUACUUUGGUUCCAACCAACAGCGUAGUGUAGGACUAACAAUUAGGCUCAUUGGUGUUGCAUUUAACUAGAGGCAUGGUAGCACAAUAUACUCCAAUGGACACCAACACGAAACAGACAAAAAUGGGCGGUCAUUUCUCGUCUUUUUUGAUUGUUUGUUGCAGUAUUUUGAGCUACCAUACCCCUAUUUGAAUAUCAGUGCAGAGACCAUGUUGUGAACAGUACAUCUUGAUCAUGAUCAAAGUGUAUCGUAAGUGAUUUUGUUGACAAACUUGUUUUGCGGGCACAAGUAGCAAAACCAAUAGUACUUUGUUGAAUAGAGUAGCUAAAUACACACUUUAACAUUUGCAGUUAAUCUCAAUCUAUGUGGCACCAGUUAAUUCCUCCCUGUUCAAAAGUUCACAUAUCAUUCCACUUACAAAAAAGAACUUGUGAUGAUUUUGAACGUAAUAGAUUCGACAUAGAUAACCUGGGGGAAAAAAAAAAAAAAACACUACCAGCUGGUAUAAUAUACGAGUAAUAAUUAUCAUAUGCAAGGGUGCUAACAGUGAUGAUAAACUUUAUUCAAAUCAUGGUCUUUCACAGCCAACAUUCCAAGCAUGCCACUUGCUAUGUGUACGAAGAGGGGCAGAAAAUGCAAUCUCGGUGCAAGGUGUUGUAGGCAGAAUUCCUUUGCUGGUCAAAGCCUACAUACUAUCUGAUUUAGUCGUGUCUGUAGAAUUUGGCAGCUUGUCUGCAAUAUUUAGUGUAAUUAAUGCAAACUAGAUAAGCACGAAUAAAUGAGACAGACAUGUACGCACACUUACCUAAAACAGCAUAAAGUAUUCCCCAACUCUGUCAGCCAAAUGGAGCUGGAAUAGGAGAAUAGUUAGUGUUUUCAUACACUAACCAUUCUCCAAUUCCAGCUUCAUUGGGCUGACAGUUUGAGUAGGUCUAGUUUACUGUGAAUUUCAGUCAUUAUGAAAUUUUAAUAACUUGAACCUAUUUUGCAUGUUUUGACAUGGUUGAACAAGGCUCUGGUUAACAUUACAAAAGUCAUUAUACUAAAUAUGUUCUUAGAACUUCAAUGCACUCAAUGCCCUUUCAUAAAUAGAAACCAAUCUUAAAGAACAUUUUUAAUUUCUUGAUGAUGUUGUAGACCUCCACUUGACCAAUUAUUAAAAAAGCUUAGAUGAUGUUGCAACUGUAAUUUGUAGUUGUUCUUGAAAUAAAUUAUUGCUGUUGCUAAAAAAAAGACAUUCAGGCUUCUAUUUACCAUGCCUCCCUUAGUUUCAGCAUUUUCAUUGGUGUUUGCUCCACACUACCAAUUUCCUCCCUUCAAGAUUGUUCUAGGAACUAGGUAGUGAAGGACACACGCACACACAAAAUUUUCGUGUCAGUAAUACACGAAAGUUACACUAGACUAGUAGAUUACACUUUAGAAAUACCGGAAAGAUCAGUCUUGCAGUAAGCCAGAAAAUGUGCAAGAAAAACUUCGCUGCCAGUGGGAGUGGAACCCACAUCCUCCACAUUAUGCAUACAAUGUUCUUACCAAGGGCAGUAUUCUCGGGUGAUCACCUUCCGAGAUAAUUUCAUUUUCGCAGGAUUUCACAGGACUAGUGCUGGACGCAUCAGUAUUCCUGGCAUGCUGGCACGCAGUUCCAGAACGCCGUGACCCAUAGAUGCCGAACACGUCCUGCGCUAGUCUCAUGAAAUCUCAAAAGUAUCUCCCAAAGUGAUCGCCCGAGAAUACUGCCCCAAUUGAGCUAGAUGGUCCACCCAUCUACUUUCUUGGGUAUUUGUGUACAGGUACUAGACCUGCACCCUGGAAGUAUUAGCCAGUGCCGCUCAUGGCUAUGGCAAUGAAUGUGGAACAUCCCUUUAGCAG